CCAAAGAAUCACCAUGACCGUUUGCAAUGCAUCCCUGGGUCACCCACCUUUCUUCAUUCUCCAAGGCAUUCCUGGGAUGGAGGACAAGCACAGAUGGAUCUCUGUCCCCUUCUCUUCCAUGUACUUCAUCACCAUCCUUGGGAACUGCACCAUCAUCUUCACCAUCUGCACAGAGCGCUCCCUGCACAAACCCAUGUUCCUGCUCCUCUGCAUGUUGGCCCUCACAGACCUGGGCAUGUCCACUACCACCAUUCCUAAGGUGCUGUGCAUCUUCUGGUUUGGCCAGAGUGAGAUCAGCUAUGUGGGCUGCCUGGUCCAAAUGUUCUUCAUCCACUUCAUAUCUGUGUUGCAGUCAGCCAUCCUGAUGACCAUGGCCUUUGACCGCUAUGUAGCCAUCUGUGAACCUCUGCGUUAUGCCACCAUCCUUUCCAAUAGUCGCAUUGGGCUCAUUGGCCUGGUGAGUUUAGUGAGAGCCAUCCUUUUCAUUCUGCCCAUGCCUGUCCUCCUCCAGAAGAUGCCCUUUCGUGUAAAUCACGUCAUCCCCACCACCUACUGUGAGCACAUGGCUGUGGUGAAGAUGGUGUGUGUGGACACCACAGUCAACAGGAUAUAUGGUCUCGUGGUGGCCUUGUUGGUUAUUGGGCUGGACAUCUCAGCUAUUGCUUCAUCGUAUGUGCUUAUCAUCCAGGCUGUACUGCGACUAUCUUCUAAGGAAGCCCACCACAAAGCAGUCAACACCUGCACCACACACAUUUGUGUCAUGCUUAUCUCAUACACCCCCUCGCUGUUCUCUUUUCUCACUCACCGCUUUGUUAGGGGAAUUGCACCCCAUGUGCACACCAUUCUUGGGAACCUCUACUUCCUUGUUCCUCCAAUGCUCAAUCCUAUUAUUUAUGCAGUGAAAACCAAAGAGUUUCGGGACAAAUUGACCAAAUACGGGUGCUGGAAGAAGGACCCUGUAACCAUAACCCAUGGUCAGAAGCCUGUCUGA